AUGUUACACAAUUUUCAAUCAUUCAAUAAUAUACCGCAUCCUAUAAAAAGUGAAAUCAAAUUAUUUCAUUGCAAUCCUAAUAAUGUUUGGUUUGUAACAAACGAUGAUUGUGUCUAUUGUUUUGGUAGCAAUAGUUACGGUAUACUGGGUUUGGGUCAUCAAAACAAGAUAACCGAACCGCAACUGAUCCGUGAAUUAUGCGAUCGUAAUGUUUGGAAAUUUUUUAUCGGCGCCGACUUUGCACUGUGUCUGACACGUGACCAACAAAUAUAUAGCUGGGGUUGCAAUCAGUACAGACAACUGGGUCGUCGUCGUCGACUACCUACCGGUGCUGCCGCUAAUGUUAAUACUACUACUACUAAUAUUUACUGUAGACCAGCGCUCAUACCGUUUCUGGCCGAUAAACAUAUUACUGAUAUCGGGUGCGGUUCKCAUCAUUCGCUGGCACUGACCAGUCAGGGCCAGGUAUAUGGUUGGGGCGAUAACCGAUUUGGACAGUGCGGUUGCGGACAACAACAACAACAACGACAAACCGAUUAUAUAGAGUAUCCAACUCUAGUUAUAGUAAUUGGUUUAUCACUAGACACURCUAUUCAAUCUAUUUAUACWAUAUCAUCAUGCUCGUUUGCUAUAACCAGUGCUAAUGGACAGGUAUAUAGUUGGGGUGACAAUAGUAACUCACUACUGGGACAUAAUAAGACUAGUAUUGAUGAUCUAUUGGAUAAGUUUCCAUUGAUAACAACUAUUCAUGACCAGGAAAUCAAACAAACUAUACAAUUAGUUCACUAUGAAUACGAUAAUCUAUGGUAUGUGACAACCACUGGUCAAGUGUAUGGUUUGGGCGAAAAUUUUUACGGUUUACUUGGUUUGGGUCACUCKMGAAAAGUUGAUGAAAACAUACCGCAAAUGAUACYKGAAUUGUSCGGCAAAUCAAUCAAAAAGUUUGUYAUCGGAAACGAUUUUGCUGUUUGUCUAACGUUUGACCAUCGAGUUUAUAGCUGGGGUUCAAACGAUUGCUAUCAAUUGGGUAGACCUGCAGGUGCUGACAAUACUGAUUACAGYAAACCAGCAAUCAUACCGUUUUUYGAUGAUAAAUGUGUUACSGAURUMGUGUGCGGUUGGAGUCACGCACUGGCCAUUACCAGUUGCGGUACUGUCUAUGCGUGGGGUAACAACACMUACGGACAGGUAGGCUGUUGUUCAUAURCMGCKAGCAUUAGUUAUCCGCCAAUCAAACYGCCAAUARUACCAAUCRAUACAGAAUUUAAAUAUAUCUACGCCUAUAACAAUCUAUCGUUCGGUAUUACCCGACAUWKGGGUCGGGUAUACAGUUGGGGCGAUAAUAGUACCCGACUAUUGGGACACSAACCUAACAUUGAUUGUCGUAUACCCRMAAUGAUAAAYSRYCUAGAUCAUAUAAUAUCCAUAAGYAAUUGYAAAACAUGGACGACACCCGGCGGCCAACUAUUGGGCUCCGGUACCUAUGGACAAGUAUAUCGAUCUACUCAUAAGUCYAGUGGCUUAGAUUAUGCCAUCAAAAUUAUCGAUAAUUUUGAUAUUACUAAUCAAGAAUCGCUGAGAGAAGUUAAACAAUUAAUUAAAUUGAAUUCACAAUUUGUGGUCAACUGUUAUGACGCCUGGUUUGAGUCCAAUAAUAAUAAWAAUACUAACAGUCUAUACAUACAAAUGGAGUUAUGUUCGCAAAGUCUUAAGCAUUUAAUCGAUUUAAAAGGACAGACAUUUCAUAGACAACAACAGCCUAACAAACCAAUGGAUCCGUUGGACUAUUUUAUCUCAAGUCAUCUGAUGCUUGAAUUGUGCGAAUGUGUUGAAUAUUUGCAUACAAGACAUCCGCCAGUUAUACACAGGGAUAUCAAACCGGAUAAUAUACUGAUUAAUACUAGACCUGUAAACAAUCGUUUUGUCAAACUGGCGAYUUCGGACUGGCCGUACAUCAUAUCAGAUACGGUUCCCGAUCGGGAUUGCAUACAAACAAUAUGGGUACCCAACGAUAUAGGGCACCGGAAGUCUCUGAUAUGA